CAAAUUAUAACCGGAAGUAGGAUUUGUCAGUCGCCGGAUCGAUCGAAAACCAUCGAAAACGCCUGUCCGGGAUUCAUUAAUUUGACAAGCAGGGGUCUAAGUGCCCAUGGAAGAGUGACACCUUUAUUGAUUGACAGGAGAAUGUCAAUAUGAUUGGUGGGUUGUUUAUUUACAACCACAAGGGAGAAGUCCUUAUUUCCCGCGUAUACAGGGACGAUAUUGGACGCAAUGCAGUCGAUGCGUUCAGAGUCAAUGUCAUCCAUGCAAGACAACAAGUGCGGUCACCCGUGACCAACAUCGCCCGUACCAGCUUCUUUCAUAUAAAGAGAUCUAACAUCUGGUUAGCAGCAGUCACCAAACAAAAUGUCAACGCUGCCAUGGUCUUUGAGUUUCUUCUUAAAAUGGUGGAGGUCAUGCAGUCCUACUUUGGAAAAAUUUCUGAAGAAAACAUCAAAAACAAUUUUGUGCUAAUCUAUGAAAUUUUAGAUGAAAUUUUGGACUUUGGAUACCCACAAAAUACAGAUACUGGUAUCUUAAAGACAUUCAUCACACAACAAGGAGUCAAGUCACAAAGUAAGGAGGAGACCAGUCAGAUAACGUCCCAAGUGACCGGACAGAUUGGCUGGAGACGUGAGGGUAUCAAGUACCGGCGUAAUGAACUCUUCCUCGAUGUCCUUGAGUCCGUCAAUCUUCUCAUGUCUCCUCAAGGUCAGGUUCUGAGUGCCCAUGUGGCUGGCAGGAUUGUGAUGAAGAGCUACUUGAGUGGAAUGCCUGAGUGUAAAUUUGGAAUCAAUGACAAAGUCCUCAUGGAGAGUAAAGGAAAAAGCAGCAUUGAUGAGCCAACUCCACGCACUGUGGGGGGGACAACCACAGGGAAGAGUUCCAUUGCUAUUGAUGACUGUCAGUUUCACCAGUGUGUCAAGCUGAGCAAGUUUGAGACCGAACACAGCAUCAGCUUCAUUCCACCAGACGGCGAGUUUGAACUGAUGAGGUACCGGACCACCAAGGACAUUAGUCUUCCCUUCCGUGUCAUUCCAUUAGUCCGGGAAGUUGGACGACAGAAAAUGGAGGUUAAAGUUGUCGUAAAAUCUAACUUCAAACCCUCACUCCUCGCCCAGAAGAUUGAGGUACGCAUUCCAACUCCACUCAACACCAGCGGUGUACAGGUGAUCUGUAUGAAGGGGCGAGCUAAAUACAAGGCCAGCGAGAAUGCUAUUGUGUGGAAGAUCAAGAGGAUGGGGGGUAUGAAAGAGUGUCAGCUAAGUGCGGAGAUAGAAUUACUUACCACCAGCGACAAAAAGAAAUGGACCAGACCGCCAAUCUCGAUGAACUUUGAGGUACCGUUCGCACCAUCUGGGUUCAAGGUGAGAUAUCUGAAGGUGUUUGAACCCAAAUUAAAUUAUAGUGAUCAUGAUGUCAUCAAGUGGGUCCGAUACAUUGGAAGAAGUGGACUGUACGAAACAAGAUGCUGAUCACCCUGAAUUUGUAGGAAGGAAUUGAAAACAUCUCACAAGGACAAGGAGUCGCCACUGAACAUCAUUAGGAAAUACAAACAUUUAAUAUAUUAGUAAUUUCUGUAUGUGAACGGGGAAUAGUUUGUCCUAUUGUAACCUGAAGUUAGUGAACGCAGAUUCAUUUGUGUUUAUACUGGUCAGUUGAUAUUGUAUGAAAAGCAAACUAAAGUCAUCUUGUGCAAUCUAUAUGUAAAAUGAAAGUAGAACAAAUGAGAUUUUUGUGCAGGAUGUGUUGAUAUUGUGUAUCACCUUGUGUAAAUAGGAGUAUCAGACAUAGGAUAGUUACCAGCUUAAUGUGUCUUAAUGUUGUGUAUGACAGUUGUUAGAAUACUCUAAAAAAUGUUGUAGCUUAAUAUAUCGGGGAUCAUAUUCAUGUAUAAUAGCAAGAUAUGGUACAUUGUAAUUUCAUUUUAAUCAUAAAGUACUGGUAGUAGUUAAGGAGGAUAAUAACAAGUUAAGGGGAGUAACUCUAAAUGAAUUUUUGCCUUUAAGAAUGUAUAAAAUCCUUCUAGUCUUGUGGAUUUGUUAUGUAGUAGUGAAUGUGUUGGGUUCCAUUAUCCAUCAUUUAUUCCUCCUUCACCAUUUAGCACAAAAUGAUCUGCCCUUCCCAUUAAUAAGAGAAUGGAUGGACUACCAGUCUGUGAAAUCGUUAAGUUUUACUCUGAUGAUUAGGUAGGAAUAUUAUGUGCUAAUUCUACAAAGUGCUACUUUAUACAAACAUUUAAGUCUAAAUUUUCAAGAAAGCAUUUCUAAUCUGUUAGAUACAUGAUGUAAUAAAGCUGUUUCAGAAUCAAUGAAGAUCACGCUAUCUGGUAGCAAGUUAAUGCGGUCACCUCGUCGAAGGUUUGAUCUCCAUGUCAAGAGGUCUUGUAAUCACCCUGGUGAAGAUUAGAUCUUCGUGUCAACAGGUCAUGUGAUCACCUUGGUGAAUGUUAGAUCUUCGUGUCAACAGGUCAUGUGAUCACCUUGAUGAAGGUUAGAUCUUCGUGUCAACAGGUCAUGUGAUCACCUUGGUGAAGGUUAGAUCUUCGUGUCAACAGGUCAUGUGAUCACAUUGGUGAAAGUUAGAUCUUCGUGUCAACAGGUCAUGUGAUCACCUUGGUGAAGGUUAGAUCUUCGUGUCAACAGGUCAUGUGAUCACCUUGGUAAAUCAUGUGAUCACCUUGGUGAAAGUUAGAUCUCCGUGUCAACAGGUCAUGUGAUCACCUUGGUGAAAGUUAGAUCUUCGUGUCAACAGGUCAUGUGAUCACCUUGGUGAAGGUUAGAUCUCUGUGUCAACAGGUCAUGUGAUCACCUUGGUGAAGGUUAGAUCUUCGUGUCAACAGGUCAUGUGAUCACCUUGGUGAAAGUUAGAUCUCUGUGUCAACAGGUCAUGUGAUCACCUUGGUAAAUCAUGUGAUCACCUUGGUGAACGUUAGAUCUUCGUGUCAACAGGUCAUGUGAUCUCCAUGUCAACAGAUCAUGAGAUUGGUUCUGAUUACCUGGUCGAAGUCGUGAUUGUAACCCAUUUUAUUUUCCCAUUUCUAUAUCAAUAACUAUGAAAUAUGGACAAACUCUGAGUAUACAUAUAAUCAUAUACAAUGUGUCCAUUUAAAACUUUGGUAUUGAAGCAUGCAGUAUGUAUGGUGAGGCAGUGGUGUGAACUGUGAUGAUCAGAGGUUGAUCAAACUGACAUGUAUUGGUUGUGUAAUUGAUACCGUGGGACAAUGCAUUAACAAAUAAAUGAUGUUAAAAGAAGGUAGAAACCAAGAGGAAUAAUCACUGAACUGUGUAAUCGUUCUUACAUUGUGUAAUCUAGAGAGGAACAGAUUUAACAAGUGCUUGUUUACAAAAUGUUAAAAAUUGAUUGAUUGGGUUUCAAAGGUGAUUUGAGUCAUUUUAUAUAAAUGUCCAUGGUUAUCAUCGGUACGUUCUAUGUAUUUAUAUGUAAUCAGUAUAAAUAAACAUGCUCCAUCUCCCAA